AUGGAAGGUCAAAAUCCUCCCCAGGCUUUCCUCUCGAGCUAUGCGCCACGUCUGCGCGUAUACAACAACUCUCUCCUCAACCCGGUCCUUGCUGCAGCGCCUGGCCCUCAGUCGCGAACCACAAAGCGAGGCACCACCCUCAUCAACUACGCCGAGGACGGCUAUGAUUACGAAGAUGAUGAUGACGAUGAUAGACGCCGCCCGACCGGACUACGAAGUCUGCGUCGCGAGGACAGCACUUCCGCCCUCACCGCAGCCGCCAAAGUAGGCAAGGAGGCCAGAGCACCAGUUGGCGUGCAAGGAAUCUGGAGAGAAUGGAUGCUCAAGGACAAGAAGCGCUCCGACCUUGGCAACCAGGCGCAAGCUCAGCUUCCAGUUACGCUGAUUCCUAUUCGUAUCGAUGUCGACAUACCGGCAUUUAUGCCUGCGCCGGCCUACCCUCUGCCCCGAGGCGUGCAGCAGAUCACUCCCCAGAUGGAUGCAUCACUCUAUAGAAAUGGCGAAUUGACGGUGGCAUACAAAUUGAGAGACUUUUUCCUAUGGAAUCUCCACGAAACCAUUAUCACAACCGAUCAAUUUGCGACAAACCUAGUCCAAGAUCUCGAUCUCCCGAAUCAGGUAGCCAUUGCCAACGAAAUAAGCAAGCAAAUACGAACACAGCUGGAAGAAUAUGCUGGUGUCGCUCUACAUCCACUAUUCCACUCAGAAGAGACCAAGACUGCACCAGCAUCAAACGUUGCAGCAGCAGCAUCAACAGCACUCCAGGCCGUCGCACGCGACAGUCCAAUUGCACCACCAACGCCACUUCCAGCCUCGGUAUCCAACCUUGGAGGUUCCAGCACACCUCUUGCUAACGGGGCAGAGACUCCUAGCAAGGCAUCUGCUUCGCAAGCUCCCGAAGUAACUGCUGUGGCAACACCUGUUCCUGCUGAUGAUGGCGACGAAUUUAGUCCUGAUGACACAUACCGCUGCCUCGUCACUCUCAACAUGAACCUUGGAUCCAAUCUAUACACUGACAAAUUCGAAUGGUCGCUUUUGCACUCUCCCGGCACAGCCGAGGCAUUUGCCAAGGUCACAUGUACCGAUCUUGGCCUCGCCGGCGAAUGGGUACCGGCAUUAACGCACGCGAUCUAUGAAGCUGUCUUGCGUUUGAAGAAGGAGGCCUGUGAGGCUGGUGGUCUGGUCACUGGCUGGGGCGCGACAGGCACCGAGUUCCCCAAUGAUGCAGCCCACGGGGCUGAAGCCGGUUGGCGUUAUGAUCCGGAGCAUCUCGCAGAUGACUGGGAGCCCAAGAUUGAGAUCCUCUCCAAGGACGACAUGGAAAAGCGUGAGGGCGACCGUGAACGACAAAUCCGCCGCCUCCGCCGCGAGACGGCACGUUUCAGCAGCGUCGCUGGAAUGAUUGGUGGCACGCCAGUUGGCAGCAGCUUUGGCGUGCAGGAAGAAGAAGAGCGCAUGGGACGUGGUGAGCGAUCCAAGAAGAAGCGCAGAUUCAGAAGUCUGAGUCCUCUCAAUCGAUCAGGAACUCCUGGCGGUUGGGGAACUCCUGAUGUCGGCUACGGUGGCGGCGGUGCCGGUUCCUUGACAGACCAGGAGAGGUACAAUUGGCGCUGCACACAUUGUCGCAUAUGGGGAACAAGCGUCUGGGCAGUCCGCGAUGGCCCAUAUGGACCAAGAUCCCUUUGUGCCAAUUGUGGGCUACUUUACGAGAAGAACAAGAGACUUCCUAGGUGGACUCAAAAUCUUCACUACAUGGAUCAUCGGCCAUUUUAG